UAACCAUGAGGGAAAUUGUCCACUUGCAAGCCGGCCAGUGCGGCAACCAAAUCGGCGCCAAGUUCUGGGAGGUGAUCUCGGACGAGCACGGCAUCGACCCGACCGGCACUUACCACGGAGACAGCGACCUCCAGCUAGAGAGGAUCAACGUCUACUACAACGAAGCCACCGGCGGGAAAUAUGUCCCCCGCGCCGUCCUGGUCGACCUUGAACCCGGAACCAUGGACUCCGUACGCUCCGGACCCUUCGGACAGAUCUUCCGACCGGACAAUUUCGUCUUCGGCCAGAGCGGCGCCGGCAACAACUGGGCCAAGGGCCACUACACCGAGGGGGCCGAGCUGGUGGACUCGGUCCUGGACGUGGUCCGCAAGGAGGCCGAGUCCUGCGACUGCCUCCAGGGCUUCCAGCUGACCCACUCCUUGGGCGGCGGCACGGGGUCCGGCAUGGGGACCUUGCUGAUCUCCAAGAUCCGAGAAGAAUACCCCGACCGCAUCAUGAACACCUUCUCGGUUGUCCCCUCGCCCAAGGUCUCCGACACGGUGGUGGAGCCCUACAACGCCACCCUCUCGGUCCACCAGCUGGUGGAGAACACCGACGAGACCUACUGCAUAGACAACGAAGCCCUCUACGACAUCUGCUUCCGGACCUUGAAGUUGACCACGCCCACCUAUGGAGACCUCAACCACCUGGUCUCGGCCACCAUGAGUGGUGUCACCACGUGUCUCCGCUUCCCCGGCCAACUCAACGCCGACCUCCGCAAGCUGGCGGUCAACAUGGUCCCCUUCCCUCGCCUCCACUUCUUCAUGCCCGGCUUCGCCCCAUUGACCAGCCGGGGUAGUCAACAGUACAGAGCGUUGACGGUCCCCGAGUUGACCCAGCAGAUGUUCGACGCCAAGAACAUGAUGGCCGCCUGCGACCCGCGCCACGGCCGCUACCUCACGGUGGCCGCCGUCUUCCGGGGCCGGAUGUCCAUGAAGGAGGUGGACGAGCAGAUGCUGAACGUCCAGAACAAGAACUCCUCCUACUUCGUGGAGUGGAUCCCCAACAACGUGAAGACCGCCGUCUGCGACAUCCCGCCGAGGGGCCUCAAGAUGUCCGCCACCUUCAUCGGCAACUCCACCGCCAUCCAGGAGCUCUUCAAGAGGAUCUCGGAGCAGUUCACGGCCAUGUUCCGCCGGAAGGCCUUCCUCCACUGGUACACCGGGGAAGGCAUGGACGAGAUGGAGUUCACCGAGGCCGAGAGCAACAUGAACGACCUGGUCUCCGAGUACCAGCAGUACCAGGACGCCACCGCCGAGGAGGAGGGGGAGUUUGAGGAGGAGGCCGAGGAGGAGGCCGCCUAGGAGGACCCACAACUGCCACAACCACCGGCUUUCCGUUGACCCUUCCAUGUUUUCCUUCA